UUUUGUAGUUUUACAACACUGUUAGUCCGCACAUGUGCGAGAAAUCAAAACAUUUCUUUGAACAAUAAAUAAAAAUGGUUCGUAAACUUAAAUUCCAUGAGCAAAAGCUGCUCAAGAAGGUAGACUUCAUAACAUGGAAGGUGGACAACAGCGGAAAGGAGAAUAAAAUACUUCGGCGCUUUCACAUACAAAAGAGAGAAGACUACACAAAAUACAACAAACUGUCGCGAGAAAUACGAGAGCUCACGGAAAAAAUAGCCAAACUAGAUGCAUCGGAUCCUUUCAAGACGGAGGCCACUACAAUGCUGCUCAAUAAAUUGCACGCCAUGGGGGUCUCAAAUGAUCAACUUACUUUACAAACUGCUGCCAAGACAUCAGCCAGUCAUUUCUGUCGCCGCCGGUUGCCAGUGAUUAUGGUUAAACUUCGUAUGUCAGAGCAUCUGAAACACGCCACUGACCUCAUUGAACAGGGGCACGUUCGAGUGGGACCCGAAAUGGUCAAGGAUCCUGCAUUUUUGGUAUCUAGAAAUCUCGAGGACUUUGUCACUUGGGUGGACGGUUCCAAGAUCAAAGAGCAUGUCCAGCGUUAUAACGAUCUGCGUGACGAUUUCCAAAUGUAGACAGUUUAUUAUAAAU